ACUUACGCAUAAAAUCUCUCAAAUUCCUUUUUGUAUUUUCCCGAGAAAAUUUUCUUAUUUUCUUGGGUCUUCCCUAUAUUUCUGGAAUCAUAAUUCUCGGCUACCAAACAACAUGAAGAAAUCAGGGAUCCUUGCCGCAGCGUCCAUGGCCGCAGCUUCAGCCACUGCCAUCUCUUCUUCGCCGUCUUCUUCAACUCCCUCAACCUACUCCAAGUCGCAAAGCUCUCGGGAGGAAGCUGUUUCGAGCAAACAUAGUGGUAAUUAUGUGGCUUCUGCGGAUAAAUUUGCGCCCAGAUUUGAUGGAUUGAGGUUCAUUGAAACAUUGGUCACAGCUCACCGAUAAGUUUGAUUUUGAUGAUCCAUUAGUGUACUCUCUCUCUAUAAAUUGUGACUCUUAAAAUAACUAGAAUUAUCAAGAUUUACAAUGAUUUUGGCAGAUUAUCAGAGAGAGAGAGAGAGAGAGAGAGAGAGAUGAGUUGAAUUGUACUGUAUUCAAUAGUAUCUUUUUUUUUUGUACGCGCUUUUCAUCCCUUAUUUUUUGUUUUGGGAUAGAUGUACUUUUUUUUGAUUUAGGAAUUUCUCCAAAUUUAUUAAGAAAUUAAAGGUUUGUUUGAUUGUUGGAAUUG